GCGGCCGCCCGCGCCCCUGGGCUCCUCACCUUGGGGCGAGCGGCGGCUGCGGCUGCCGGGCUGGACGAGGGCGCAGGGAGCGGAGCGCGGCCGGCCGGGCGGGGCUGAGUGCGAGGCAAAGAAGAUUGUGCCUUUCCCUAUGUCAGUGUUUUUCAGCUUCACGAACUGUGGGAACAUUUUGAACUCCUUACAAGGGAUCAGUGAAAGCAACUAGGAAAAGCCAGGCAGAAAAGUUUUUUGGUGGAGAUUGUGGAACUGUUCCUCCUUCGCUGCUGCUCUGUGAGAUCAAGUAUGGAACAUGCUCAAGAACAAGAGGCAUGUCUUGAGCAAACUCAGAGGUAUUGUGUGCAGAGACCAAUAUACAACCAGGAGCUCCUGCAAGGACAGCUGCACAGACGACAGAGAACCCCUCAGACUUUAGGGCAGAAGAUUGCACAUUCUUGUCGUUGUUCUUCUAAGAAAGCCAAGUCUCAUCUUUACAGUUUCUUACCGAUUUUAAAAUGGCUGCCUCGUUACCCAGUGAAGGAAUACUUACUGGGAGACAUAAUCUCAGGUAUUAGCACUGGGGUCAUGCAGCUUCCUCAAGGUUUAGCCUAUGCUUUGCUGGCAGCUGUUCCCCCAGUAUUCGGCCUAUAUUCUUCAUUUUAUCCUGUUCUUCUGUAUACUUUCUUUGGAACCUCCAAGCACAUAUCAAUAGGCACCUUUGCUGUGGUUAGUAUGAUGGUUGGUAGUGUUGCUGUGAGAGAAGUACCUGAUGAAAUUAUUUCUCUGGACUCUAAUUCUACUAAUACUACAGAUGUCCUUGAGUAUUACAGUGCUAGGGAUAGCAAGAGGGUGCAAGUAGCUGUGGCUCUCGCCUUUCUUUCAGGAAUUAUCCAGCUGUGUUUAGGUUUCCUUCGAUUUGGAUUUCUGUCUAUCUAUCUAACGGAGCCUCUGGUGCGAGGAUUUACCACUGCAGCUGCAGUUCAUGUCUUUACUUCCCAGUUAAAGUAUCUCCUUGGUAUCAAGACUAGCCGGUACAGCGGGCCCCUCUCAGUUGUAUAUAGCAUAGCUGCCGUGCUUUCAAAAAUAACAACAACCAAUAUUGCUGCAUUUAUCGUUGGAUUAACAUGCAUUGUUCUAUUGCUGAUUGGCAAGGAGAUCAAUUUCCGCUUUAAGAAGAAGCUCCCAGUUCCUAUUCCUAUGGAGAUCAUUGUGGUCAUUAUUGGCACAGGAGUUUCAUAUGGAAUGAAUCUGAAUGAGUCAUACAAAGUGGAUGUUGUUGGGAAUAUUCCUCAAGGGUUACGUGCACCAGCAGUUCCUGAGAUUCAUCUAAUCCCAGCAGUAUUUGUGGAUGCAGUAGCAAUAGCAAUAGUUGGAUUUUCAAUGGCUGUGUCAAUGGCCAAGAUCUUUGCCCUUAAACAUGGUUACACCAUUGAUGGGAAUCAGGAGCUGAUUGCUUUGGGAAUAUGCAACUCUGUGGGGUCAUUUUUCCAAACCAUUUCAAUCACAUGCUCAAUGUCUCGGAGUCUUGUCCAGGAAAGCACCGGUGGAAAAACUCAGAUUGCAGGUACACUCUCUGCGGUUAUGGUUCUGUUGGUAAUUGUGGCUAUUGGAUACCUUUUUGAACCACUUCCACAGACAGUGCUAGCUGCAAUUGUCAUGGUGAACCUGAAGGGAAUGCUUAAACAGUUUGGAGAUGUCAUGCACUUCUGGAGAACCAGUAAGAUUGAGCUGGCUAUCUGGGUGGCAGCUUUUGUGGCUUCUCUCUUUCUGGGACUAGACUAUGGUUUGCUUACUGCAGUAACAUUUGCAAUGAUAACCGUUAUUUACAGAACACAAAGCCCUGAAUACAGAAUCCUUGGUCAGAUUCCUAACACUGACAUCUACUGUGAUGUGGAAGAGUACGAAGAGGUUAAAGAAUAUCCUGGAAUCAAAAUAUUUCAAGCUAAUACAUCUCUUUAUUUUGCUAAUAGUGAGGCAUAUACAAGAGCACUGAAGAAAAAGACUGGAGUGGACCCUGGUGCCUUGUUAAAAGCAAGGAGAAAAGCCCAGAAGCGCCAUGCCAGGGAGAUAAAGGCAGCAAAUGAGCACAGAAAGAAAGCUGUGCUGAAGCUCGUGAGCCCUUCGACUAACGACGUAGAAGCAAGUGUAAAACAUGAGAUAGCAAGUGAUGACUUACCUGUGAAUGGAAAACUUGAAGAUUCCAGUGUACAAGACAUGUCUCCUGAUGAGCAUGAACAUUUUGUGGAGCCCAAAUCAAGUAUUCACUCUUUAAUUCUGGAUUUCACCCCAGUGAACUUUGUGGAUUCAGUUGGAGCAAAAGCACUGAAAUCAAUUAUAAAAGAAUACAAAGAAGUUGGUGUAUGUGUCUGCAUUGCCAGCUGUAGUGGCCCUGUUGUGAAUGAGCUGACAAGACUGAAUUUUUUUGAUAAAAGUGUAACAAGAGAGUUGCUGUUUCACAGUAUUCACGAUGCUGUCCUUGCUUGCCAAGUGAAAGAUGGGUCUGCUGCACAGGCUGACUUCAACCUUUGAAGAGUGGUAUUGAGCAGAAUGGGAGCCAGAUUUAUGCUCAUGGAGAUUCUUUCUGAGUAUUUAAUUUGCACAGUUUGAAGAGAGCCCAAGGCUGUUUGUAUCUACGGGUAUGGGGCGGUGCUUAUUUUUUGUAGGAAAAGUAGAUAAGGAAAUGGAAGCCUUCAUGCUCUUGAUUUUUUUCCCUUCAAUCAGGGUAUAGCCUUCCAAUAAUACACAAGCACAAAAUUAUGCAAAAAAAGAAAAUUCAGUGUAUUCUGCUGCAGUCAUAAUCUGGUGGACAAGGUGACAUUCCAGUUCCUGUUGAGAAAAUGGGCACUUUAACUCACUACACAUGGGAUCUUGCAGGAGGUAACUGUUCUGCAAGUGCAAUACACUGUACCAGUGUCUUUAAAUAACUUUCUUAGAUUACUUUUAAAGCCUGAUGUCAACAUCUGCAUACAACAGAUUUGUACAAUUUAUAAUGCUCUGCCAGCUGGAUUAAUGAAUUCACACUGGUGGCAUUUAGCUGCUGCUGUUUUUAAACCUGGAUGGUAGAGUUAAUUUUUUAAAAAUACCUAACCUGUCUCAGCUAUACCCAAUUCUUCAUUUUUGCUCUAAGUGAACUUAAAGUCAGAAACUCAUUGUUUAAUUAUUAUAUUAUCAGUAUGGUACUUUCACUGAGAAAACUUGGUUAGGCUUUCUAGAAAAGAACACAGCUGAUUUUAAGCUGAACUUAAUUUAGCUUUAAAGUUUGAAGACAAAAUUGGUUUAAGAUAGGAAUUAAGUCUAUUUAAGUUAAGAACUGAUGCCCUAUAUGCACUCUCUUAAGCUGGAAUAAAAAUUUAAGCAAGGUCUAAAGUCUCAAUGGUCAAAAAAAAAGGUACUUUUCUGUUGCCCAUCUUCCUCCCAAGUAGUGCUGCUUCUGCCACAGCUUUUAAGUGCUUUGAGUAAUAAGAGUUCAACAGAAUUCCAAAAUUGUAUAUGUUUGAGUUUUUAAAAGAAACAGUAGUGUGGGGUUUCUUUUUCUGUUGUCAGCCUGGCCACUGCAGUACUGCCUCUCUCCAGGUGUGAGGUUUUGAAAACCGUGGAAAUCAUGCAAAAGAAAUCUUCAGUGCACCUGUUUCCCUCACAACAGUCACUGUGAAGCUCAGCAGAGGCAGGAACCUACAAGUAUUUCUCUGUAGAUUAUUUUGACAACACAGGGGAAGGGGGGCAUCAGUGACAUUUCACUCAGCACCCUCAAAUCACAGGUCCUGUGCAUAAGGAAUUCAGAUACCUUCCUCACCUCUGGUCACAGAAUGUAAUAUUUUAUUUCAGGCUCUGUUACAUUUAGGGCUUGCUUCAGGUAAACUGUUUCCAGGGACCAGGGAAGUUGGGGAAGAUACUUUACUUCCUCAGACUGCCCUGCCCAUAAGGAUGGAAAGCUUUCUGCAUCAGAAAUUGCUGCUUAGCUGGAGUUCAAAGGAUGAAGUGCAUGCAUGUGAAGACAUUGUGUGUGCUUAUUUAAACAACUUUUGGUACAUUUUAUAAUGUUAACUAGUUCAACAAGCCUUUGUAUCUACAGUAUAUUUUUCUACUUUCAGCUUGUUGCAGCUUCAGUUUUUAACUCUCUAGUUUCUUCAGUUCACAUUGAAACCUUGUCAACUUCCAAAAUAAAGUGAUGUCACUUGUCAAAAUUUUCCA